AUGGAUGCAGCACCCGGCAAGCAGAAGCUGCGAGUGAAGGAGCUGUUUGAGAGCUGCGCUUGGGCUGCAGAGCCCACCCAGAGUGACAUUGUGUCGGCCAUCGUCACGUGGUGGCUGCGUCGCAACCACAGUGAUGGGAGGCGUGUGGGUGCUCGACAGCCUGAGCGAAUCAUGGACGCCGCCUGCGGGCAUGGCUUGGUGGGAAUGCUCCUGUCACAUUGCUUCCCAGAUUCUGCAGUUUGUGCCGUCGACCGGGAGGAGCGAAAGCUGAUGCGAGUCGCGCUGUCCACUUGGCAGCAGUCCGGCCGAUGCCUGGACAACUUCCAGUUUCGACUGGGCGACCUUUUGCAAGAGGGAUCGCAGUGGCUGGGGGGCUCCCUUGGCGCACGCGACCCGGCCGAUCCGGCUCCAAACACCCUGGUGGUAGGUGUGCACGCUUGCAAUCAAGCAACGUUGGACGUGCUGGAGUUGGCCACGCGUUUCGGCACCUCAUGGGCAGUAGUGCCCUGCUGCAUGCGCAAGGAGAAGUUCUUUCCCGGGGGGACGACGCAUCUGGACCGCGACGAGCACUAUCCUGUCAUGUGCGGUGGUCUUUGUGCGAAGUUCGACGCCGACAUGCUGCAUAGCAUCGACCGCUUAAUUUCAACGAAGAACUUGAUCAUAGCCAAACGAGCGCCCAGGCCGCAGACUAGCGCGCGGGGGAGAUGA